AUGAUCAAGGCAAUCUUCUACAGCAAGUUCGAUACGAUAGAGGGACCCAAGGUCGUUCAUCAAGUCCCUGACGGAGCUAUCGUCCCCUCUCCUACCGCGCCCUCACAACCACCGUUUCUCAUCUUUUCAGACGUCUCCUUCUUCGUGAUUCCCCGCCAGGAGCUCUGCGGAAACCUUCUACAAGUCUGCACAAAUGGCUAUCGUAUCCUGGGCUACCCAAUUUGCAUGAAGUCAGUGCGCUACGAUCGCAAUGAAUUUAUCUUCAACUUCUGUAUAGUCCUCGCCGAGGAGGACGAUUUCAGCACAUAUAAGAGCGUGGUACAGAAGCUCGCAGACCUCAUGCACGGACUAGAAGAACAGAAUGGCUUCUUGUCUCGCGAUUUCUCAAAGAGCGGGGAGGGAAAGGUGUACAGUCUCUGUGAGAUGUUGAUGGAGGACUUGAACAAUUAUUGCGAGUGCAUGAUUCCUAUUGACGAGCUGAAUACUCUCAACAUCAAGCUUUUCCCGAUAUACCCCUCUCCCCCGAUUGUCAAGGCCUGGCAAGUCCCGCUCUUCACGUUGCGAUACCAGGCCUUUAUGGAUGAAAAUUGGGACUUGACCUUGCAAAGGAUUGUACCACACAUCAACGGUGUUAAUAGCGUCCGCAUCAUUUCCAUUCUAGCAGAUACAGACUUCAACCUCACCUGCCGUGCCCUUCGCCAUCUCCUUUACUACGGCUGCCUGUUCAUUCUUGAUAUCUUCUCCUUCUCCUCAAUUUACGCCCCAACCGCUCAAUUCAGCUACACAAUAGGCUCCGACGAGGCAAUGCAACUAGAAUGUGCCCGUUACGUGAACCUCCGCUUCGCACCACACCCAACAGUUGGUCCCUCUUCACCCCUCCCAGCAAACCUAGCACCCAGCCCAAGCGUCAACGGCAGCACAAACAGCAGCACCGGAACAGCCCCACUCUCAAGCUCUCUCCUGGGCCCGACCCCCAGCCUAACGCGGGAAGAAUCCCGCUUCGACGCCGAGGAAAUCUGGCCCCUCCUCGGCGCCGAAGAAACCCCUUCCAGCCCCACAGAACCAACCAACUCACUCCACAAACCAGCAGUCGUCGAUGGCGUCGCGCUAGUCGAGCUCUAUGCAAGUCUCAAACAAGGCCAGAGCGUGAAGCAAUGGUACGCCGCACACAGCCGAUCUCUAGCCAAUAUCGACAUCAGACGAUUCAUCACCUUCGGCGUGAUCAAAGGUUUCCUGUACCGGGUACAUAAAUACGCUUUUGCGACGGGUCAGCCGGCGCAGGUCCCGCGGUCGUCAUCAUUCACGCCGACGGGGCAGUCGUCGCGCGCGACAACGGGGUCGAAUACGCCGUAUGCUGUUUCCAGUGUUGGGGAGGAAGCGUCUAUCUCGGCAGUUGCUUCUAGGCGGGAGUCUAGUCGCGAGCGAACGGGGUCGUUGAUGAGUGGGAGUCGGGGCGGGAAUGGGAGUGGUGCGCCGUCGACGUUUUGGGAAGAGGAGGAUGAUAUUGGGGAUGAGGUUCUUGGGAAGUAUCUUGAUGGGACGCAUUGUUUUGAUCAGAUUUGCACGGAGUUGGAAAUGAGUGAGAGGGAGUUGACGGCGAGGUUGAAGAGGUAUCCUUGGGAGGUGUUGAUUCUUCAUAGGUGA